UUGUCAUCUCGAGGCCGACGACUAAAAUGGUCAACGUCACAGCUCCGAUCGCCCAAGAGAUGCCUUAUGGAUACACCGGUCUUGCUGAACUCAACAAUCCAGCUUUGUACUCAAUCAUUAUGAACCAAAGCUUUGCACAAGCUGUCAACUCAUUUUCCCAACGCACUCCCAUGACGACAGAAUUUACUGGAUGUGUGGGGACUUGCACUGGAACAGUUAAAGCGGCAGGGCUUGCAAUGAAUUGCUCAACGGACUCGUUGCCAUGGAAAAACAACCAGAGUCUGCCUGCCGGGCCCGACGGUGUAAAUGGAAGCGAAGUGUUUUCUUCGAGCUUCACUUGGAUUUCAGGGAACACUACAUACUUCGCAGGUGUUCCUUUAAUCAAUUAUGAGCUGCAAUAUGCGACUGGAAGGAGUGCUGCUCCACUUCUGUACGAGGGCGGUCAAACUGGAGGGUUCGACUCGUCGCCAAAUUUUGGGAUGUGUAAUGGAACCCUGGUUAGGAAAUCUUGCUCCUUGUUCUCCGCCACCCUCGAAUAUCCCAUUACUUUGAUCAACAGCACUGUGUCUCUGGGUACCAAUUCCUCAAACUUCGCGGUGGACCAUCUCCAAGCCUACGGAAAUUUUUCCGACUUUUUUGACCACCACGAUCUAAACGCUUUGUCUGUCACCACUCUCGGCGGUGUCUCCGUAGCUGCCCAGAACAUGUUUGGCUCUAGAGCGGUUGAAGACGUAUAUCUUGUCCAAAUGAAUGGUUCCCUGGCAAGCCAAUAUGCCGUCUUCGAGACGGGAAAUGGAAGCUUUGAACAGACACAAAAUCCUUGUGCCAUUAACUGGGGGGACCCGACCACCGAAAUCAUGGAUUCUCUUAACGAGAUCAUGUUUCGAACAGCCUUGUCCGUAUCCAAUGUUUCGAAGUACUCCGUUCUGAACGCAUCUAUUAGCGAAUGGUGGACGAGUUAUUACGAGGCUUUCCCAGUGAUAUAUCCAAAUAGACCUAACGACACCGGAAUCCCAAUACCACAACUAAUAGCCAUGGAACAGACCUCGAAUAUCACCGUCUUCCAAUCCCAUUAUUCUUACCUUGCAGCCGCCUUGGGUAUCAUGGCACUCGGGGUUCUAGUCGUCAUGCCGACUUUCUAUGGCUUCUGGGAAUUGGGACGCGACGCGUCACUAAAUCCCCUGGAGGUUGCAAAAGCAUUUAAUGCCGAAUUCUUCCAUGGGCAGGGCUCAAAUGCUCCGGUAAGGCAUCUGGCCAAAGGUUUCGGAGACAAGAAAGUAAAGUACGGUGAGGUUGUUGACGAAGGGGCUACUGGCAAUAACGCAGGUUUGAACGGAUCAGAUAUUCGGGAACAUAGACUGGAACUUGCGGACCCAAGCCGUGUCAUUGAGCCGAAGUCUCGGAAGGUGUACGUUUAGUUUGGAAGUGCGGGAGAAAUGCAAAGGCGAAUCUUGACAAGUGCAUUGCGAUAUUCGCCAUAAAAACAGAGAAAGCUUGGCCUAAUCACUUUAGCUAACCGGAUGGAAAUGUCUUCUUGCCUCCUCCGCUAGAUGUCGAGGAGCCAUAACACUGUACUUCGAAGUUUCACUUUCUAGCCAGAAGUCAUGAAUAACUCCUCUACUCUCACCGCUGUUCGUCACCGGAACCUUG